GAAGGGAGAGCUGCUGCCAGACCGCGUCAGCUGAGCAUCCGACGGCAGCUGUUGGCUUCGGUGUCCCGAUCGCUGACUUCAGGCGUUGCUACGACCCAGACGGCAAACGUGCAGGAUGGCCCUGUGGUUGAAAGUAAAACUCCUGUCAGGAGAGCAAUACUCCCUGGACACGCAUGGCAGCAAAACUGUCUGGGAUUUCAAAAUCCAAGUAGCCCAGAAGACAGGGUUGUCCCCAUAUCAGCAGAAGCUGGCCUGCCAGUCCAACGGCAACAUCAACCUUCAGGACAGCGACCAGAUCUCCAAAUUUGGGCUGAAAUCCGGGGACACCAUACUGUUGGUGGUCAAGAGCGAGGAGUCCAUCCCCAUCUUCCUGCAUAACGCCAGGGGCCAAACCAAAAGCUACCUCGUCAUGCCUUCGGAUUCGGUGAACCAUUUCAAAGCUCGAAUUCGGCAGCAGGAGAACAUCCAGGCUGAUCAGUUCUGGCUGACGUAUGAAGGGAAACCCCUGGAUGAUGGCAAGAAGCUGUCUGACUACAACAUCGCUCCCCACGGCACCGUCUACUUGAACUUCCGCCUCCGAGGGGGCUGCAAUUUGGGGGGUGGGCCAGCUUAGCAGACCUCGGGACACCCCAGGCUGUUUCCUCUCUGCUUUUUCUGACUUGCUUCUAAGUUAGAUCACGCUCUGUCCCCAUCCUCAGCUUGCCACCAGCCUUAUGCUCUAUGUCAAGGGUCAGGAACCUUUUUCAGCCAUGAGCCGGUCCACUGUCCCUCAGACCAUGUGGUGGGCAGAACUAUAUUUUUUUUUUGGGGGGGAGAAAUGAACGAAUUCCCAUGCCCCACAAAUAACCCAGAGAUGCAUUUUAAAUAAAAGGACACAUCCUACUCAUGUAAAAACACGCUGAUUCCCGGACCGUUCACGGGCCAGAUUGAGAAGACAAUUGGGCCGCAUCCGGCCCCCGGGCCUUAGGUUGCCUACGCCGCUCUAUGUAUUUGCAGCAGUACUGAGCAUUUUUGGAAACUUUGUUGAGCCACCUGUUGCGCAAGGAGCUUCCGCCAGUGCAACUGCUGAGUUGAAUUCCUCCAUUGCUCAACAUGAAAAUCCAGCUAGCGCAGGUACAGAGAGCCUUGCCAAUAGACCUCAGUGUUAUAGCAAUGUGGCAGCAGGUAUUCCAUCUGGCUGCAGCCAUUGCACAUGGCUGUAGCCAUUCUGCUCUGUAGCCAUUCUGUAGCCAUUUGGCUUCUCCUUGCCCUGAAUUCUUUCCAUUCAGGCUGGCUAUUGUCAGAAAUUAUAACUUCCAACAACUGGGUGCCUGGGCUUGCUUGUUUUCCUCUUCCCUCACCAUCCCUUUUUCCUUUCGUUGUUUUAUGUAAGCUGCCCUGGGAGCCUUUUUUUGGGGUGGGUGGGAAGAGUGGGGCGAAAAUGCUUAAAAUAAAUAGCAGGCGUUGACUGGCUUUUUAAUUAUUAUUUUAUCCUUCCGUGGCUUCGAUUCCGCAUUGCACUCAAGAGCUUUUAUGUACUUGCUUUUACACUGCUUUCAAAAAUAAAUACAAGAAAACA